UGAGACGUAAAGAAUGCGACAGUUAUGCAUUCCUCAAUGACACAAAUCGAAACAUAAACUAUACCAGUUCAGGUCUAGAGGUUUCGUGGUUGUGUGAUACAAAGAUUCCAAUCAAAUGGUACAGAUUUGCUGGUAAUGCAGGAACACAGAUAUCAAGGUCUUGUCCCGUUGGAGGAUAUGAUAAGAAUCUAAAAUGUCAAACUCAUGCUGUCUCGUGGUUGAAUGAAAGCCAUCCUACUGUUAGUGAGGGUAAGGUUACACGCACCGUGUACUUCAGUUGGGACGGCGAUUGCUAUCAUAGGAAGACCGCCAUCGAAGUUAUUAACUGUGGUUUUGGCUAUAUCUACAGACUGGUCCCUGUACCUCAUUGCUGGAUUCGCUACUGUGGUGUAUAA